UUUAAGUUAAAGUUGUACUCAUUUUGUUUGUUUUUUUUUUUGUACUUGGUAGAUUUUUAAAAAAAUUAAAACAAUUUUGUACUUAAAGCUAAAGUAAAUGAAAAUGAGAAAUGCUGCCUUUGCAAAUAAUGUAAAGAUUAUUUCAUUUUUUCAGUUAACGUCUUUUUAGUUGUAGUUAAAAAUGAUCCAAUGUACAUGGAGUAUAGAGUAUCAAAUUGAAAAGUAAAAGUCGUAUUUUUGCUAAUUGACAAGUUAAAUAACAGUGGAGUGAUACACAUCUAUGAAAGCAGUCCGUAGCAUCAAUAGCACUUGUGCUUUUCCCUCUCUUAGUAACCAAGCCAUCUCUUGAUAAUAAAUGUGAGUGAAAGCAGCACCCACCCCAGCCAUACAAAGCAUGGCAUCAGGGGAGAGAAGAGACCGACAGAAAGAGACAGAAACCUACACGUGCAGGGAAUAAACAGACGGUGUUAAACAGUGACAGAGCUUAGUAAACAGUUUUUUUUUCCUCAAAACUUCUCACCUGUGACAAACUGUCCCAGCAUGGACCCGGCGCUCAGGUUUGAAAGGGCACAGAGCAUUUCACCUUGAAAAAAAAACAACUGGACUGGAACGGUGAGUGAGUCUUUUAAUCCUUCCUUCACGCACUAUAAACUGUGGCUCAAAUAGAACACCCAGAUCUGGUUCUCUGACUGACAGCAAUGAUAAGCCGUUGUAUGCCGAAAAAAAAAAAUUGUCGUACAAAGAGUUCCUAGAUAUAUCCUUGCCAGUUCUUAAAUAAAUAUUAAAGUGUAGAGAUUGCAAGAUUUGCAGAGUGUAGCUGCAUUCUCCCUGAAAACAACGUUUUUGUGUAACUCGCAUGGCCAGAUAUAAAGUGUUUGUGUAAUGUUAUAUAGCAUAUUUAAUUUCAUUCGACACUACAAAAGAAACACACACAUACACAUAUAUAUUUAUAUAUAUAUAUAUAUAUAUAUAUAUAUAUAUAUAUAUUAUAACGAUUUUGUAUAUUAAGAUCUUCAGUGCUUAUAAUUUAAUAAAAUGUUAAAGUCCAAGUUUGCACUCCUAAAUCUUGUCAUUAAUCCUAUAGAGACCUGCAUUGCUAGGCAGCCCCUCCUGUGAGUGAUGGUUGCUUUGACUAUGCCCACUCGAGAGUUGGAUUGAAACUGCAACACUAAUAAGAAAACAGACAGCAGGGUUUAUUGGGAGUAAAAUCUUGACACAGUCUUCAUAAACCCUGCUGUAUUUGGCCCUUAUUUGUAUGUGCAUUUGUGCGUGUACAUAUUUCUUGUGCAGAUUGGAAAUACAAAACUUUUGAGCUAAAAAAAAAAAGUGUAGAUGACAGCCAAAUCUGAUAAAACAUCAUAAUGUUUAUAAGGAAAAAGGUGGCUCAUUUUAUAUGCAGAUGUAGACAUGCAUACAUUUACUAUCAUUAUCGCGACGUGUGACUUUGCAUGAAGUUUUUGUGGAAGUUUUGGUGUUGUGCCAAGACCCAGUUUCUCAAUAUUUUAAUGAUUUCAUAUAGAGGAAGCACGAGAGUAUCUUGUGAAAUUGGGUCAGUUCCACUUAUUUUUUAACUAGAUGAGACCCGAUUAAACUGGAUCUGGAUCUACAAAGUAGUGUUUUGGCCUUGAUACAUGUUUAUAUUAAAAAUAGUUAAGGACAUGCAAACCUUAAACGUUGGAAUUUCUGUUAAACAGUUAUUUGCACUGACAUUGCUUGCUCAAAUGGAUCUUCUUUAAUGAUGAAUGGGUGCCAUCAGAACGAGAGCCCAGGCAGCUGAGAAAAACAUCACAUGACGUGUGUUAACAUCUUGUGAGUUUAAAAGCCGUUAAAAGAAAUUUUAAUAUGAUCCAUAAUAUUGGUUUCUCCAGUGGAAAAAAUUAGGAUGCACAGGUUGCUUCAGAAGAUCACGAUCACUGCUGAAGACUAGAAAACCAUAUUCUCCGUGGCAUCUCGGUGUCCUCCAUCAUGUCAGAGUCUCGACCGACGCCUGCACAAACUGAGGUGCCUUCAGAGUCUCCAGAGGUGGAGUGUCCAGUCUGCUAUCAGGAGUACGACCAGGACUCCAAACUCCCGCGCAUGCUGGAAUGCCUACACGUCUUCUGCACAGAAUGUCUCCGCAAAAUCCAGCUCACCCCUUUGCACCCGCCCGACCCCAACAGCGCCCCCUCAAUCUCCUGCCCCCUGUGCCGCCACUCCACCCCGCUGCAGGGUGGCGACGCAUACUCUCUCCCCUGCAACUCACGGAUUCUCGCCCAGCUGCCUCCCGUAGCCUUCCGUCUGCCCGCGUCGGUGUCUGCCCGGCUGGCCACGGUGACCCAGCGCUUCGUGCUAUCUCUGGGGGAGAGGGAUACCCGAUUCAUAAUCCUGCCCACUGUUAGUCUGAGGGUGGAGCAGAUGGGAGAAGGCGCAGAGAUGGUAAACCCACCUAGGGUGCUGCAUCGAGAGAUCGAGGUUCUGAGGAGACACAAGAAGACCCUGAUGUGCGUUCAGGUUCUGGCUGUCAUCUUCUGGAUUAUGUUUGUGCUGACUUGUGUGAUUGGGGUUGUGUUUGGGCCAAGCCUUUUUCAUAAUUGAGAGACCAAGGACACGGGUGUAUCCUGUUACAAUAACAUAUUUAUUCUGUACCUGCAUUUUUCAAAUGAAAACAUUUAGAUCGUUAUCACUAGAUCGGUUUGAUUGCAUGUAAAAAUCUGCAGUUGCCCCAAUAUUUGGACACAGCAAAUAUAUGAAAGUCAUUGCAAAACAUUUUACAGUGUACAAACUUUGUUUUUUUAAAUUAUGCCAUAAUAUGGUUCAUAAUAAAGACAAAAAGUAUUGUGGAACCUUGUUGACAAAUGCUAGAGAAACAAGUCCAUAGUUGAUGUGAUUAUAAUUAAACUAUAUCUAAUGACUUCAUAUUGUGCAUCCAUUACAAAUUAACAUUUUAUGUACUUUUGAUAUUACUUGCUUGAACCAAAUUCUAAAAGUGAGGUUGGUUCUGAAAAUAGCUCUAGACUAGAUAUGGAUAUUUGGUUUAAUAUUUAAUUGAAUGCAAUUCAUUUUAUUAUUUGGUAGAAGUGUCCAAAUAUUUUUUGCCCCUUUUUUCAUGUUCAUAUGUAGUCCUACAGGUAUUCCUCUCCUUAACUGUUAUGUCUAUAUUUAUUAUCUAUUUUGUAAAUAGAUUAAAGGAUGAUAUUCUCUGUUCUCUGA